AAACAAAAGAAAGCAAAGUCGAGUGGAUGGCGUCGGAGAGGUAGAAAUUUUGCAUUAAUCGAUCAUGAAACCAGACAUCUUCUACACAAUCUCUGGAGAUUGGACAACUAGAAUAAAAUUGUUCUUCCUUGACGGGGCUGAACACCUGCUUGUGUUCAGCCCGUGAGAAGCCGACUUUUCCAGCAUCGAUUGCCUCAUCAAACACAAGAACAGGUACAGUGAUGAGCUUAACUGCUGAUUCCCCCGUGCACUCUUCGAGCAGCGAUGAUUUUGCAGCACUUCUUGAUGCAGAACUGGAAACGACUUCUACACAUAGUUCGCCUGAUCUUGAAGACAACGAGAACGAGAGUGAUUUAGAAACAGAGAGGAUUAAAAAGCGUAAGAUGGAUGAGUUCGAAAUUUUAGAGAAGUCUCGAGGGACAACUUCACAUGGAGACAGAGAACAGGGACUAGAUGCCUCCAUAAACGAGGAAAUAUGUCCUCCACAUCCUGGUUUUAUUAGAGGGAUGUGCAUAAGAUGUGGACAGCUAGAGGAAGAUGAAUCAGCCGUUGCAUUUGGCUAUGUACACAAGGAUUUAAGGCUUGGCACAGAAGAGAUUGCUCGACUACGUGGGGUGGACCUGAAGAAAUUGCUACGUGAUAAAAAACUUUACUUGGUACUGGAUUUGGACCACACCUUGCUUAAUUCAACUCGACUUGUUGAUCUAAAUUCAAAAGAGGAGUACCUGAAGGACCAUACUGAUUCCUUGCAAGAUGUCUCAAAUGGCAGCGUAUUCAGAUUGGACUCUAUACACAUGUUAACAAAGUUAAGACCCUUUGUUCAUACCUUCCUAAAAGAAGCAAGUAGCAUGUUUGAGAUGUAUGUAUACACAAUGGGAGAACGUUCCUAUGCAUUGGAAAUGGCAAAGCUCCUUGACCCUGGGAGGGUCUAUUUUAGUUCCAGAGUAAUCUCGCAAGCUGAUUGCACCCAAAGACACCAAAAGGGCCUUGAUGUGGUGCUGGGAGCUGAAAGUGCCGUUGUGAUCCUUGAUGAUACAGAGCAAGUAUGGCAGAAACACAAAGAGAACCUCAUUCUGAUGGAAAGAUACCAUUUCUUUUCUUCAAGUAACCGUCAAUUCGGCAUUAAUACAGAAUCGCUUUCUGAGUUGAAGAGAGAUGAAUGCGAGUCCGAGGGUGCACUUGCAACUGUUCUUAAAGUUCUUAAGCGCAUACAUGAAAUGUUCUUUGACCCGGAGCUUGAUGCCAAUCUUGCAGGCAGAGAUGUAAGACAGGUUCUGAAGAUGACAAGGCAAGAAGUAUUGAUGGGUUGUAAAAUAGUUUUUAGCCGUGUAUUUCCAAAAUUUGAGGCUGAGAAUAACCACUUUUGGAAGAUGGCGGAACGUUUAGGGGCUAUAUGCUGUACAGAAAUUGAUCCAUCUGUAACACAUGUGGUCUCUGCAGACACUGAAACAGAGAAGGCUCGUUGGGCUGUGGAACAUAAGAAGUUUCUGGUUAACCCACAGUGGCUGGAAGCAACCAACUACCUAUGGAAACGGCAGCCUGAAGAAAAUUUUACCAUUAAACACAUCAAGAACCAAUGGCAUAGAAGACCUCAAGCAGUUUCUCACUGAAAAUAGAAUAUCUUCACUGCAAUUAUCUUUCCUUUGUUGAUUAACCAAUUUCUCAUGUACUUUGCUGUUUCCUCGAAAGUGUACAGCAUAUUUGGUUGGACUGAAUUCCAUCUCUC